GUCGCCCAUCGCUAUCGCUAUCGUCGAUCAUUGUGGAAGGGCCUUUACAGAUGGUUAGAAAAUCGUCCAGCUGUUCUAUACCAUUGUCAGAAAUGAGUACUGUCGGCGUACGACCACGAGUCUUUUAUAGAUGAACAUAUAGCAAUUUAUUUAUUGCUUGUUUUGCAUCAUUAAAAAUCGAACAUGAAUCUGCCGAAGAUAGUUGGAAUUUCGAGAGUAAAAUGUGUUCUUGACAGAAAAGCACAUAUCUUUGGUAAUGUAAAUACGCAAGUGAGAUGUAAAGGCAAACUGACGAGACCGAAAGCCUUCGAGUCGAAUAGAUAUCAAAAAUCGGAGGAAAAGAUUGGACUGUAUGGAUAUUGCUUGUUGGGAAUACCUAUCGCCACCUUUGCACUUGGCACAUGGCAAAUAAAGAGAUUGAGAUGGAAGCUGGAUUUAAUAGAAAAUCUAAAGCAACGCAUUUCAACAGAGCCAAUCGAUCCGCCAUCUGACUUAAACGAACUGAAAGAUAAAGAAUAUUAUUGUAUGAGAGUCAAGGGUAAAUUUUUAUAUGAAAAAGAACUUUUGAUAGGACCUAGAAGCCUUAUUGUCAAUGGAGAAGCCGUCAGCGAAAAAGGUGGCGGCAUAUUUUCUCGCAAAGCAGGCACAGGAUAUUACGUGAUUACGCCUUUCAGACUGGAAGAUCGAGACUUAACUAUUAUGGUGAAUCGUGGAUGGAUUCCUAAAACUGAUCGCUCGACGUUUAAAAUGGGAACUAAGAUUACAGAUCCUGUAGAAAUUGUCGGCAUUAUUAGAACAACUGAAAAGCGACCUCCGUUUGUGCCUAACAAUGCUCCUACGAAGGGUGUAUGGCAUUUUAGAGAUUUAGAUGCAAUGGCAAAGGUGACAGAAGCAGAGCCCGUGUACAUAGAAUUAUUGGCCGAAUACAGCACCCCCCACGGCCCGAUUGGAGGCCAGACGAAAGUAACUUUAAGGAAUGAACAUUUUAGUUACAUAAUUACUUGGUAUUCGUUGUGUGCCUGCACGAGCUACAUGUGGUUUCGACAGUUUGUGCAGAAGUUACCUCUCCUUUAGAUGCAUCCUCAGAGA